AUGCUCCGCCGCUGUGCACCUCUGCUCAUCGGUGUCGAGGGCGAUACCUUCGUCUCGGUCAUCAAGGACAAGCAAUACCUCGCCCACCGCCUUGCCAUUCUCGGCAAGGAAGACCCUAACUUCAAGGUGCAGCGCAUGUCGGACGAUGAUAUCAAGCGUUUCACCACGUCGCUUGGGUCGGGCGAGUCACUCUUCAACAAGCAGGCUGGCACGAUCCCUACUAACGUCGUGGACGAGGAGACCGGCCGUGUGAUUGGCAGCACGCAGCCGGACCCGACGCGCUACGGGGACUGGGAGGUGAAUGGGCGCUGCUACGACUUCUGA